ACUAGCAGCAUUGAUAGUGGGUCAGACACUGGAGCCUGAUGAUGGGUUAGCUCAGUUAGAAGAAGUCUCACUGACCAUCACCAUCAGCAUGUAUCUUGUGUGACAGCAAUACUAGAGACUGGAUACAUUCUAACAGAACUUCCAGACAACGGGCACUUUAAGACAAAGGGAUACAUUCAACGUGUACAGUAAUCCAUGAAGACAAGAUAAUGGCAGAAAUGGAUGUACACAGCGUUCUGGGACUCAACAUGGACUCAGGGUCAAUGGAAGACGCUAUCUUGAACAAUGCGACCAUAGCUGAUUCCUGGAAAGGGGUUUACCUUACAGUUAAGUGGAUGCAAGUUGUCACAACAUUGUUCAGCAUUCUAGCUUCUGUGGCAUUCAUUGUUUAUGCAGUGGUUCGACGUGUGGUGAAAUCGGCCGAGGUUCGACCUUUCUUCUAUCUCACUGUAUCUGACUUACUCUUGGCCAUUUGUUGGCUCAUAGGGGCUGUUGUAUACAGAAAAUCAGUCUGCAGUCGGAAUCCAGCCUGUUACAAUAUACAAGCUGUGGCGCAGAUGUUGUACAUAUCUACUUUUUUCUACACUUUAAACUACAUAUGGGAGCUGGGCAAAAGCUUAAAGAGAAAACUGGACAAUGAUUUGCACAAGAUAACAAGCACGGAACGCAACAUUGGGAGAGCAGCGAUCAUAUUGUCAAGUGUUGUGCCUGCCGUACUCACUGUCCCUACCCUUUACUUUGGGAAUAAAAUGGAAUGUUAUGGAAAUUCAACACAUCCCCACAGCUGCUUGGUGGUAAAUGCUGGAUCACUUGUCACAUUAGAUCCACAGGCCUAUACCAAUGGUACCUGCAAAAUCAUCCACCUUUACAGCACCUCUGUCUUCCUGUGUGUGUUCUUCCUCACUGCUACUUCCAUGCUGGUAUAUGUGUGUGUUGCACUAAGGGGGUAUUACACAAAUGAUAAGGGCUGGACGGCCAUUAAUGUGAUGAAGAUGAGCCUUCUGUUGUACUUGGCCAUAUUCUUCUUCAGUUCUGUGGCAGCAGCUCUAUUAACAAUCUUGAAACUGUUCGACCAUGAGGAAAAAAAUGAACUUUACAAAGUACUUUAUUACAUUCAGGCCUUUACUGCAAUGUCUCAGGGCUUUCUGAACUGCUUGGCAUACUGGUUCAUUCAACAGAGACUACAAUGCUUAAAUGAGAACAGCAGUCAUGAUAUGGGAACACAAACGCCACUGCUGAGCUCACAAAAGAGGCAGUAUGCCAGUACACAAAUUGCCACCAAUUGUGCACUACGACCGGACAUGUCCUCAUUCUGAUCAUGUCAACACCCGUCAAGAACUUCUUCAAGCACUCAAACUGAAUUGUGUAAAACCUGUGGGACACUCCAAUUCUGGAAUUUGGAACACUAAUUCUCAACAUGUUUAAAAAGGAAAAAAAACAAAAAAACUUUUCCUUUGUUUUUUUGCCAAUGAAGUCACUUCGUUUAGGAUACUUUGUGGAAUUUCUUAUGUGAGAUUUUGAAUGAGACUUGAGAUGAGAUGCUAUAGACACUAGAAGAUAUAGUCUUCCUUGUUAAACUAUUUUGUUGUUGUUUUUUUUUUUUUUUAAGGGUGACUCUCCAAUAAUGGGAUUUUACAUUAUUUUGCAGAAAGGGAAGACAACACAUCGCGCAUAUAAUUGUAUUUAUUAAAAUAAGUGUGGAUAAUGCUUUCUAAUUUAAAGGGCUCAACUACUGAGUCAUUUCUGAACCCUAAACAAUCAUAUGGUGGUGCCAGCUUAUUUAUUUUUAGAGAAGGAGCUCCAGAAAUGUGGAAAAAAUAGACAAGGACGGAGGAAACUGAAGUGGAAAUAGCAGCUAUUGUGGUGAAGAAGAUGAGGAUUUCUUGCAAUCUGGAAGAAAACUGCGAGUGAAGAGGAGUGAUAUGCAGGAUGUGCAUUAAUUACUAGUCUUGUGCACAAUGAAAAAAGUUAGUUUGACCGAAUAAAUUUGCUCGAAAUUUUUUUGUUCUAGUGGACUGAAAUGUGUUUUUGUGGCAUUUUGGUUUGAAUGAAUUUUAUCUAUGCAGUUGUUUUGGGAAAAAUGUGCCAAUCAGUGUAUUACAAAAUUUAGACUUAACAUAACAUUAGGUAUAUAUUUUGGUGGGUGCAUUUUCCCACCAUUUUGUUUACAGGUAAAGCGAGAAGUAAUAGCUAAAAGAUGGGGGGGAGCAGUGAAAACAAACAAACUAUAUUUUUCUUUAUUUUCCCCCUUUAUCAGUCACUUAUCACUUGAUCUGUGAAUAAAAACAUUUAGUGCCGGCCCCCAUCCAAAACUCAUUUUUUUUUUCUCCAUCUUUCACAUGUUGUUUGGUGCCACGGGCAGAACUCAGAAUUACUUAUCACUGGAAAUUUUCCGUCGAUUGACCAAAACUUGGACAAAUUUAAAUUUGCUUAAUGGACACUUGCAUUGGGAGUCAAAGUGAUUUCAAGGUGAAUUCAAAUUUUAUUAAGGCUUAAAUAGGUGAACUAAAAACAUACCUGACUUGGAGAGUUUUUAUGCCAUUUUUGCUAUAAUUUGAAUUCCUAACAGUUUACAAUUUAGUGAAUACAUCUGUAGUCGAGGAAAGAGUUGAUGAUAAUGGGUCUGGAUUAGUUUCAUUACCCGAUUUUUUUCAGAGUUCGCUAUUGGGAUGAAAAAGGUUUGCAUUCACUGACCUCAAUGUUUGUAUAGCUAGCUUGAUGCCUCUUUGUAUAGGGGCCAAUCAAAGAUUGUGUGCAGGGGUCACUUUAAAAAAACAUUUGUUGUCAUGCAUAUGUUCUGUUCUUUUGUAUUUUUUAUGAACUGAACUUUUUAAUUAGAUAAUAAAAAAUGGCCAUUUUGACAGUUUAAUCUGAGCAACUAUAUUUAAAGAGCUGAUCUACACAUGUGAUUAUUAUAACCGCAUUAAAGGACAACUACUGUCCUUUUUUACUCAUCACUUUGUUGUUGUUUUCAGAAUUAGCAUCUAUUAUAUAUCAGGGGUUUCAGCAAAAAUGUGUGGGAAAUACAGACCAGCUGUAAAAAAAUGAUAGCACUUACAUGUAUGUGACUUAUAGUCCUAGACUGAAUGAAAAAUGAAAACCCAAACAACAUACUUUCCCUCCUAAAGAGUAGCAGCAUUGCAAUACCAAAUUAACAGAGUGUUGUUGUUUUUUUUAAUAUAUACUGGGGUAAUAAUAAUGCUCAUUUAAUACAACCAAGUGUUGUAUAAGCAGUCACCUAGGGCCCACUAGUCUAAUGCGCACACAUAGCUGGUGGCUUGACAAAGAUACUUUACAUGUCAAAACUUUGCCUAUUCCUGUUUGAUGUCUGAAUAAAUUACCAUUAUUUCAA